GGUUGUUGUAUGAGUGUCUUGGAUAACCUAUUUGCCUGUAGUAACUGCUUGUUACAGCAGUUCCCAAUUCAAAGUUAAGCUUUUUUAUAUUAAGUUCCUUCAUGAUGAACAAUAAUGCUGUUAUAUUGGGAAGUGACCACCGACAUGAAGAUAACUCCGAAAAAGGAAAUAUAGAGGCCUUGCGAGAAGACUUGAUAUCUACAGCUGUAAAAUUUUUGCAAAAUCCACGUGUUGCAACACGUCCCAGGUCAGAGAAAGAACUAUUCUUACAAAGGAAAGGAUUGAAUCAUGCUGAAAUUAUGGCAGCAUUUGAAGCUGCUGGAACCAGUGAUGAAAAAGAAGGGACCCGUGGACACUACUCGUCUGUUAAAGUAGCACAGUUACAUGAAUACAGCCAUGCUUUGACACCAGUUGCAACAUCAAAAUGGGGCUUAUUCAAGGAAAUCAUGAACACAAUGAUCCUUAUCACAGGAGCUGCUUACAGCCUUCAUUAUCUAUACAGGCGAUUCAUAGAACCUUUCCUAUUUGGUCAUAAGAAAAAGAAACCUUUAGAAGAUACUGUAGAAGAAAUGAACAAAAAUCUUACUUGUUUAGUAGGCGACGUUUCAGCAGCAGUACAGAAUUUAUCUGAUACAGUUGCUACGCUUCGUCCAAAGCAAUAUGAACAAUCCGAGAUUAAAGAAUUAAAAGCUGAAAUGGCUUCUCUAAAAGCCAUUUUGCUAGGAAGGCGGCAGUUUCCAGCCCCUCCAGCAAUUGUGACUGGAACUCCUUCUAUUCCCUCUUGGCAACUAGACUCUUCAGCCGGAGAAAAACUAAAUCUUCGUGCGGAAUCGACAAGUAAAAUUAACCAAGGUGAUGGUGUUUCGUUGUCUUCAUCGCCGGAGAUAAUUUCUGUUGAGGAAAUGCCCACAAGUUCUACAUCGCUGGCCAAGGCGGGUUUGAGUUCGGUGUCACCUGCCCGUGGUCCAAGUGAGAGCAGUGAAUCCAAUAGUGCCGAAAUGGUAGAGAUGGGAGCUUCAGGGGGCUCUGGCGAAGAUACAGAUUAAGAUUGUCAAGUCAAAUACUUUGUCAUACUGGUACAUUGUUUGGGAAAAAAAGAAGUAUUUGAAGAUGUUCAAUUGGA